ACGGACAUGACUUGCUGGGUUCGUUUACCUGCGUGACCUCGGAGGAGGGUCCGGCAACAAAAACAUUUACCUUUCUCUCUGCCUUUCAGAGGCCGGAAUGUGGAGGAAGUAUCGGGAGAGGGGGAGGGACAACGAACGGACAUGACUUGCCAACAAACCCCCUCCCCUCCCAAAAGUUACCACGGAACCCGACUCGUUUUUUCUCUAUUUCACAUGCCGAAGAGAGGCAGGGGGGUAUCACGUCACGCGCGCCUCUCCGGUCGCCAGCAGCAGCAUGAAACCCGUGGGACACGCACACACGUUGGCAUAUAUAUAUAUAUGUAUGUAUACACAUAUAUACGACGGGAUUGCGGCAGCAGAACGGUCGUCGACAAUGACGGGCUAUUGCCGCGCGUAGGUCCGAACAUGUCCAGCCGGCGAGCUCAGGGGGGGGGGAUGCCCUCGUCAAACCCAGCCCAUUGGUGCGGAGACGUCGCCGAGCGCCGCCUCCCCGGCAAGCGUUCCCGGCGAGAGUACAGAUACACAGGUUCCAAGGACGACGACCCGCGGGCGGAGGGCGCUUUUGUCGCGUGGCUUCCGAGGCGCCUUGGGGCGGCACGCCGACCGACCCUCCGCGGAACCGCCCACUCAACAAGGCUACCCGGCCUCGACGAGGGCGAGGUGAUGGUGCUCGGGAGCCGCUGGGAUCAUCCUGUGUCGCCAAAAGCAGAAAGACGACCCCUCCCCUCCCCUCCCCAAGCUAUUCUCUUGUUCCCAAAUGCCGAAGGAUCCCGCGGCCAGCGGAUCGCCCAGGGCAGCAUCACAUCUCGCCAAGGGGGAAACGAUGCUUUGGCGACGUUGAUGCCCCUCCCGGGGUUCCAAACCAGCUCGGGGCCCUCCGAGGAUCCUCGCCCCCGGCGUCGUAUCGACCUCCGGCAUCACAGACCGGAGCCAUCCAAACCUUCGCUUGAACCGUCCCCUUUGACCUUGUCAGUAAGAAACGUUCAACCCUCCUUUUCUCUCUCGCAAAAAAAAAAAACAAAAAAAAAACCCCCCCACAAAAUGCCCAAAGACCGUCAUCCCUUCAUCUCACGCUGCACUUGCAGUCCCACGGAGGCCCUCCCCAAAUCCGCGUCAACCUUCUAGCCGAUAUGCCAGAAACCAGUCGGCGUCUGGCGUCAAGAAGGCCCCGCACCGGCGGGAUUGUAUACCCGAAGACGGGAUUGCGUCUUACGAGGGCUUCUAGACCGCGAGUGCUG